AUGGUUCUGCAUCGCCAUGCAGCACCCUCUGAUGACCUUCAGCUGAUGUUGCUGUGCGGGGCUGACGUCCUCGAGUCUUUUGGGAUUCCCAACAUGUGGAAGCAGGAGGAUAUCGCAGAGAUCGUGGGCCGCCACGGUUUGGUUUGCAUCAGCCGCAGCAACAGCGAUCCACAUAAGUUCAUCCACCAGUCAGACUUGCUGUGGAAGUAUCGCAAGAACAUCCAUAUCGUCCGCGAAUGGGUGACUAACGACAUCUCAGCCACUCACGUGCGGCGGUCGCUGCGGCGCGGCCAGAGCGUCAGAUACCUUCUGCCAGACAGCGUCAUUCACUACAUCAAAGAGCACGGCCUGUACAGCUCUGAGAGCGAGCAGAAAAACGCAGAUGUGGUUCUAGCGCCCCUCCAGAGGUACACGGGUGCUUCCUCAAGUUGAGGAAAUUUGACUGUGAAUUUGAAACAAAAGUGCCUGCACUGAACAGGAGUCUUUUCUAAGAAUGGGUGUGU